CACUCUCUCUUUCUCUCUCCACAUUUACUUACAUGCAAUAGCUGCACUGUUUCCCUCUCUCUCUCAACACACAUCCCUCUCACUGCAGGGCUGUCUGGCAAUACGAUGUGAUUGAACAUGACUAAAGCCAGAGCGGCAGAGCCUGCUCUUUCUUUCCAUUGCACAUUUUUCAACAAUCUUUACAGCAUUUGUAAUUAUAUUCCUGUUCACCAUCUUCCUCCUUUCACUCUCUCCCUUUCACUCAUUUCGGUGAAUCCAACACUCCAACCUUUUGCUUAGUGUACCACUUUCUCUUCUAGCUUCAUAUCCAACUUCCCCAUUAUAGGUGUAAGAAAAAAAUCUCAUCUUGGACUUGGAGGUCUAGAUAGACUGUAAUUCUAUCUAUGAGAAGUGGGCUAUGGCUGGUUCUUGCAAAAGAUAUGUUCUUGGAUUUCUGGUGGUGCUGCUGAGCUUUGCUUCUGUGGAGUGUCAUGGUGAUGGUAUUGUUUUGCUGGAAGUAAAGAAGUCCUUUAGAGAUGUUGAUAAUGUGCUGUAUGACUGGACUGACACUCCAUCUUCAGACUAUUGUGUUUGGAGAGGAAUCGGUUGUGAUAAUGCCACCUUCAAUGUGGUUUCACUAAAUCUUUCAGGCUUGAAUCUUGAUGGGGAAAUUUCACCUGCUAUAGGGCAGCUAAAGAGUCUGGUUUCUAUUGACUUGAGGGCGAAUCGACUCUCUGGCCAAAUCCCGGAUGAGAUUGGGGAUUGCACUUCUUUAGAGAGCUUGGACCUAUCAUUCAAUGAGCUCUUUGGGGAUAUUCCCUUCUCAAUUUCAAAGCUUAAGCAACUAGAGACUUUGGUUCUGAAAAAUAAUCAGUUAACUGGUCCUAUCCCUUCAACACUCUCGCAGAUUCCUAACUUGAAAAUUCUGGAUUUGGCUCAGAAUAGGUUCAGUGGAGAAAUACCAAGAUUGUUAUACUGGAAUGAAGUUCUUCAAUACCUGGGACUUAGAGGUAACAACCUCCAAGGUUCAUUAUCUCCAGAUUUGUGCCAGCUAACCGGACUGUGGUAUUUUGAUGUUAGAAAUAAUAGCUUGAGUGGUUCGAUUCCUGAAAACAUCGGCAACUGCACUUCGUUCCAGGUUUUGGAUUUGUCAUACAACAAUUUCACGGGAGACAUUCCAUUCAAUAUUGGAUUUCUUCAAGUUGCUACCUUGUCCUUGCAGAAUAACCAUUUCUCUGGGCAGAUUCCAUCAGUUAUUGGCCUAAUGCAAGCAUUAGCAGUUUUGGACCUAAGUUUUAAUAUGUUGAGUGGAACGAUCCCGCCAAUUCUUGGAAAUUUGACUUACACUGAGAAACUGUAUCUUCACGCUAACAAGCUCACAGGAUCGAUUCCCCCAGAGCUUGGAAAUAUGACAAAACUUCACUAUCUGGAAUUGAACGAUAAUCAGCUCUCAGGGCGUAUUCCCCCAGAACUUGGGAAGCUAACAGAUUUAUUUGACCUAAAUGUAGCUAAUAAUCACUUGGAGGGGCCGAUACCAAAUAAUCUCAGUUCGUGUACAAACCUUAAUAAUCUCAAUGUGCAUGGAAACAAAUUGAACGGAACUGUUCCCUUGGCAUUUCAAAAGCUCGAAAGUAUGACGUAUUUGAACCUAUCCUCCAACAAUCUCACAGGUCCCAUUCCCAUCGAGCUGUCUCGUAUUGGCAAUCUGGACACGCUAGACCUCUCAAAUAAUAAGAUUAGUGGUGGCAUGCCCUCCUCUCUUGGCGACUUGGAACAUCUCUUGAAACUUAAUUUAAGCAAUAAUUAUUUGACGGGCUACAUACCGGCUGAGUUUGGAAAUUUGAGAAGCAUUAUGGAGAUAGAUCUUUCAAACAAUCACCUCUCAGGUCAAAUUCCCGAAGAGCUUAGCCAGCUUCAAAAUCUCUUCAUGCUGAAGCUGGAAUACAACAAUAUAUCCGGUGAUGUGAUGUCGCUUGCCAACUGCCUCAGUCUUACUGUCCUGAACGUGUCAUACAACAAUCUUGUCGGAUUUAUUCCCACGGCCAAAAACUUCUCAAGGUUUCCACCUGAGAGUUUUGUAGGCAAUCCGGGACUCUGUGGCUAUUGGCACAGCUCAAACUGUCGUGUGCCUCGUCCCUCUGAGCGAGUCUCGAUUUCUAAAGCAGCUAUACUCGGAAUAGCCCUCGGUGCCAUGGUGAUUCUUCUCAUGAUCUUGUUUGCAGCUUGUCGUCCCCACCAUCCAAAGCCUUUCACAGUCUGGCCUCCUGUUAAACUAGUUAACUACUCAUCUCCAAAGCUCGUUAUCCUUCACAUGAACAUGGCUCUUCACGUGUACGAAGAUAUAAUGAGGAUGACAGAGAAUUUGAGCGAGAAAUAUGUUAUUGGCUAUGGAGCGUCAAGCACUGUGUACAAAUGUGUCCUCAAGAACUGCCGGCCUGUGGCUGUCAAGAAACUCUACUCUCACUAUCCACAGUGUCUGAAAGAAUUUGAGACAGAGCUGAACACAGUGGGGAGCAUCAAGCAUCGCAAUCUCGUUAGUCUGCAAGGAUACUCACUCUCCCCUUCGGGAUACCUUCUAUUCUACGACUACAUGGAAAACGGAAGCCUCUGGGACGUUCUCCACGGAACUACAAAAAAGAAGAAACUUGAGUGGAACACUCGUCUCCGUAUUGCACUAGGCGCUGCACAGGGGCUCGCGUAUCUUCACCAUGAUUGUAGCCCUCGGAUCAUCCACAGGGACGUGAAGUCAUCCAACAUUUUACUCGACAAGGACUACGAAGCUCAUCUCACAGAUUUUGGCAUCGCCAAGAGCCUAUGCACAUCCAAGACUCACACUUCGACGUUUUUGAUGGGGACUAUUGGCUACAUCGAUCCUGAAUAUGCUCGGACAAACCGUCUAACAGAGAAAUCUGAUGUCUAUAGCUAUGGGAUUGUGCUUCUCGAGCUGCUCACCGGAUGGAAAGCCGUGGACAACGAGUCCAAUCUCCAUCAACUGAUUCUGGAAAAGGCAGCAAACAACUCAGUGAUGGAAACUGUGGACCCCAAGAUCACGGAGACGUGCUCGGAUCUCGGGGAUAUAAAGAAGGUGUUUCAACUUGCCCUGUUGUGCACAAAGCGACAGCCCUCGGAUAGGCCAACGAUGCAUGAGGUGGUUCGUGUGCUCGGGAGCCUAGUGCUCCCUCCGGAUGCUAAACUGAUGCCUCCGGUGUCUCUACCGUCUAACAAGGGUGAGUGCUACGUGGACGAGUAUGCAAAUCUCAAGACUCCUCACUUGAUCAACUGCCCUUCUAUUAGCACAUCAGAUGCCCAGCUCUUCCUAGAAUUUGGUCAAGUGAUUUCUCAGAAUAAUGUCUGAAUUAAGAUGAUAGGAAAAUAGGCAAGAAUCCGAGAAUAUGUUGUAGAAAAACUAAAUGGCAGCAGCCGCAGUUGUAAUUAGGAGCUGUCUACUUAAUUAUUUUGUUACUUGAUCAAUUUAAGAUGGAAAUUUGGUAUGAAAAAAGUGGGAAUUAUUGUA